AUGGGGAACGUGCUGGCCGCCAGCUCGCCGCCCGCAGGGCCGCCGCCGCCUCCCGCGCCGUCCCUCGUGGGGCUGCCGCCACCUCCGCCUCCGCCGCCGGGCUUCACGUUACCGCCGCUCGGGGGCGGCCUGGGCGCCGGGGCGAGCUCGGCUCGGGGUUCGGAGCGGACUGCCGGAGGUGCGGUCACUGGCGCUGCAGGGGCGGCCGACGAUGGGGCCUGCGGCUGUCUGCCCAAUCCGGGCACGUUCGAGGAGUGCCACCGGAAGUGCAAGGAGCUGUUUCCCAUUCAGAUGGAGGGUGUCAAACUUACAGUCAACAAAGGGUUGAGUAACCGUUUCCAGGUGACCCACACAGUAGCCCUUGGCACAAUUGGGGAAUCCAACUACCACUUUGGGGUCACAUAUGUGGGGACAAAGCAGCUGAGUCCCACAGAGGCGUUUCCGGUGCUGGUGGGCGACAUGGACAACAGCGGCAGCCUCAACGCACAGGUCAUCCACCAGCUGAGCCCCGCGCUCAGGUCCAAGGUGGCCAUCCAGACCCAGCAGUCCAAGUUUGUGAACUGGCAGGUGGACGGGGAGUACCGGGGUUCUGACUUCACAGCCGCCGUCACCCUGGGCAACCCAGACGUCCUGGUGGGUUCAGGCAUCCUGGUCGCACACUAUCUCCAGAGCAUCACACCGUGCCUGGCACUGGGGGGCGAGCUCGUCUACCACCGGCGGCCUGGCGAGGAGGGCACAGUCAUGUCUCUGGCCGGGAAAUACACGUUGAACAACUGGUUGGCAACAGUGACGUUGGGCCAGGCAGGCAUGCAUGCGACAUAUUACCACAAAGCCAGUGACCAGCUGCAGGUAGGUGUGGAGUUCGAGGCCAGCACAAGGAUGCAGGACACCAGCGUCUCCUUCGGGUACCAGCUGGAUCUGCCCAAGGCCAACUUCCUCUUCAAAGGGUCCGUGAACAGUAACUGGAUCGUGGGCGCCACGCUGGAGAAGAAGCUGCCCCCCCUGCCCCUGACGCUGUCCCUGUGCGCCUUCCUGAACCACCGCAAGAACAAGUUCCUGUGCGGCUUCGGCCUGACCAUCGGCUGAGCUGCGGCCCGCGCCCCGCGCCUCACCCCCUCCCCGCAGAGCCCGCAGCGCCGCCCUCCUGCCCUCCCUCCCGGGUCGGCAGCGGGAAGGAGAAGGAGGGCCCAGCCCAGGAAGGGAUCCUGGAACCCAGGGGACACGUUAGGGUCCCGAGCGCUGGAGGGCAGUGUGCCCAGGGGGCUCGGGGGCGCUCAUUCCGAGUGCCCAGGCAGAGGCGGCCGGACAAGCUCAGGGAGGAGUGGCAUGGCGUCCCCAUCCUCCCCAAGGGGCCCUGGCAGCCCCGAGGGCAGUGGAGGAGCACCCGGUCCACCAGGCCGCCCCCUUUUCCCUCCACCCCUCCAUAUAAAUCAUGUUUAUAAGUUA